AUGAUUACUUCAAUUCUUUUGAUCGCCUUAACAAUUUUGUUCUUGUACAUUUCUUAUUCUUUUGGAAUAAAAAGGCCUAAAGGAUGUCCCCCAGGUCCACCACGAUUACCAAUUUUCGGAAGUUAUCUAUUUUUGAUGAUGGCUGGUGGUAAAUGGCUUCACAAAGGAGCACUUUGGCUCAGCAAAUUUUAUAAAUCAGAUAUAAUAAGCAUUUAUAUUGGCAAUAACUUAGCUUAUGUUGUUCAUAAUGCCGAAGGAGUAAGGGAAAUACUUUAUAACAGAGCUUUUGAUGGAAGACCUGAUUUGUAUUUAGCCCGGAUGAGAGAUCCUAAUCACAAUAGAAAAGGUAUCUUCUUCCAGGAUGGACCAGUAUGGAAAGAACAACGCCGGUUUAUACUACGAUACAUGCGUGAUUUUGGAUUUGGGCGCCGUUUUCAAGCCUUAGAGACUGUUAUUCAUGAAGAAAUAUUAGAUUUAAUUGAUGUCAUUAAAAAUGGACCGAAAUUUGAUCAUGAAAAAAUUAUUGCUCAAAAAGGACAAUUAUUAUGUCCUUUAGCAUUUAGUUGCUGUACCGCAAAUUCUAUUUUCUAUGUUAUGUUUAAUGAAAGAAUUCCUAGAGCUGAACAGAAUGUUCUCCUAAAAGUUGGAUUCUAUGGAAUGGAACUGCAGAGAAAAGCUGAUCAUUAUGGAAAAAUGUUUAGUAUCAUUCCAUGGAUAAGACAUUUUUUCCCCGAAAAGAGCUGUUAUCGUCCGAUAAUGGAAUCUAAUAAAUUUUUAUACAAUUUCUUCGAGACUAUGAUAGGAAAGUAUAUAAAAACUUUUGAUGAAAGUUAUGAAAGAAAUUUUGUAGAUUUAUACCUAAAAGAAAUGCAGAAAGAACAAGUGGAAAACAACAAGGAAACAGGUUAUUUAUAUGACCAAUUUGUUCUUAGCUUGAUCGAUUUUUCUUUUCCUGCAUUCACUGCAAUCGGCACGCAAAUGUCACUUAUUUUCCAAUGGUUGCUAAUGAAACCGGAUGUACUGAAAAGGAUUCAAAAGGAAAUCGAUGAGUAUGUUGGCUCUGGAAGACUGCCAUGUUUAGAUGACCGACAAAAUCUUCACUAUACCGAAGCAACCAUAAGAGAGGGACUACGAAUGGAAACUUUGGUACCUUCUGAUGUCCCACAUGUUGCCUUGUAUGAUACUGAGUUUUUGGGAUAUCAUGUUGAAAAGGGUACAAUUAUGUUUCCUAGUCUGUUUGCCUAUCAUAGUGAUAAAAGGGUGUGGAAUGACCCUGAAAACUUUAGGCCUGAAAGAUUCUUAGAUGAAACAGGAAAAUUGUGUCUAAAGAAUGAUGUUUCAUUUCCAUUUGGUGCAGGAAAAAGACUUUGUGCGGGUGAAACAUUUGCGAGGAAUAUGCUAUUUCUUUUACUAUCAUCUAUUUGUCAAAACUUCAAUGUAGUUCUAGCUCCUGGAGAGAAUCUACCAGAUAUGUCGAAAAAUGUUACCGGUUUAAUUAUUGCACCUCCCGACUAUUGGAUCAACUUGGAAUCCAGAUAA